AUGUCCGACUACGACCACGACUCCCCCCAAGACGACUCCUCCUCCCGCUUCGACUUUGGCCAUCUGUUCGGCGACUACAGCGCAUCCGUCGACCAUCAGGAAGAACCACUCAGCGAGGCCGUGUACCGCGCCCCACCCGUCCCUUACUCCACCGGCUUCUUCGACCACAUCCUCAACCCAGCCGGCCUCGACCACGGCCGCUACUCACCCUUCGCUUGGCGUCCAUACAGUCCCUUCACCGCAGAAACCAUCAUGCCGCCCACCACGCGCGCACGUCCACAAGCCUCGCGACCCGACCGUCUAGCGAAUGGCUACGUUGACCUGACUAGCGCUCCCGAUUCACCGCCGACAGGGACCGCGAGGAAGAGAGAAUCACCCACUCCAGGCCCGUCGGCGAAGCGGCAGAAGCGGGGCGACGGGUCAGCGGCAGGAGUUGACGACAAGGUUGAGGAGGAUGAGAAGGUUGAGAAGGUGGAUGAGGUGGAUCUGACGGAGCCGAGGAGCCCGCUGCAAGAGGCAUUGCAGAAACAACAGGCCGAUGCUGUCAAAGCGCAGGCCAAGCCAGAAGAGACAGUUACCACGUUCAACUCGUUUAAUUGUGUCAUCUGCAUGGAUAAUCCUACCGAUCUCACUGCUACUGCUUGUGGCCACCUCUUCUGCCACACCUGCCUCAUGGAAGCCCUCAUCGCCGGCGAGAACCGUACCGGACCCCACGAAACGAAGCGCUCGCAAUGUCCCGUCUGCCGAAAGAAUAUCAGCCGCAACAAAGCAACAGACGUCAUACCUCUGCUGCUGAAGAAGGGCCUAGCGACACAGCCCAGGAAGAAAGUCGUUGCGUCAGCUGCUGCGCCUGCGCCUAAAGUAGCCUGA